GAAUUCCGGCUUUGACACAAACACAUACGUGACUCCCAGUAUACGCAUGUGUUAGUAUGUUUUUUUAAUAACAAUCACUCGUAUGGAGCCAUUAAUAUGCAUUUUUGUUCCCCUUUUAAUUUAACCGUGGCCUCAACGAACGUACAAGUGGAAACCAGUGAACAAUGUCGCACAAAGUGCUACGCGUUUACUAUCAAAACCUGUUCGCUCUAUUCCUGCUCGCUUUCACUUUAUUCAUAAUCCUGACGGCUAUUUAUCAUAUAAUUAAAUUCGGAGGGACUCAGAAGCAAUCGGAGCACACUGCGAUCGUUCUGAAUGAUCUCCACAGUGCACCGAUUCAAACGAUAGACUCAGACUCGUCUUUGGCACUGGCGACGAACUUGACCUGCACUUACUUCAAUUGUUUUAAUGUCUAUCGAUGCGGGAGCCAAGGAAACAAGCUACUGGCUUACGUGUACCCGCCCAGGAACUAUGUGGACUCGAACGGGAGAACCAUAACUGGCCAAACCAGCAAAGAAUUUUAUCAGAUCCUGAACACCAUCGUAUCGAGCAAGUUUUACACUGCAAACCCUUAUGAGGCUUGCAUCUUCAUACCUUCGAUUGAUACCUUGAAUCAGAACAGAUUGAGGGGUCAACAGGUAUCACAGGCAUUGAACUCCUUACCAUUCUGGAACAAUGGAGAGAAUCACUUGAUAUUUAACAUGGUUCCUGGCAGUGUACCAGAUUACAACACGAUUCUCGAUGUUCCAAUUGGAAAGGCGAUGAUCGCAGGAGCUGGAAUGUCUUCGCUGACCCACAGGAUCGGCUUUGAUAUCAGUCUACCUGUUUUCAGCCCUCUCGUUAAUUUUCUGGAUUCAAAUUUCAAUGAUACUAGGAGGUGGUUAGUGAUUUCAUCUCAGAUGAACAUAAAUUCUGCAUUUGAACAGGAUUUGAACGAAGUGAAACUGAACUCCCCUACUGAUAUUCUAAUUCUAGGAACGUGUCCUCAUUACAGUGCCAUGAACAGCACUAUUAGAUGCUCCAGCGAGGAAGAGGUUUACAAAUAUCCAAGUGUUCUCCAAACUUCCACGUUUUGUCUAGUGAUUCGAGGGGCAAGAUUGGGUCAGAGCACACUUCUGGAAUGUAUGGCAGCCAAUUCUAUCCCUGUAGUUAUAACUGAUUCGCUGAUCAUGCCGUUCCAAGGAACGAUCGAUUGGACUCGGGCUGCGAUAUUUAUACGUGAAGUGGACAUUCUGUCUAUCGUUCCGGUAUUGAAAAAGAUCUCUCUGAAACGAAUUAACGAGCUGCAACAGCAAGUUUCGUGGCUCUACAAUAGAUACUUCAAAUCGAUGGAAAAAAUAACUGAGACGACUUUGGAAAUAUUGUCCGAUCGAGUGUUCCCGCAUUUAACAAGAGAUUACACUUAUUGGAACGUUCCACCGCACGAGGAUCCCAAGUCUCCAUUGUUCCUACCCGUGACCGUGCCAAAGACGAAAGGAUUCACAGCUGUUAUUUUAACUUACGAUAGAUUGGAAUUACUAUUUUUAUUAAUCAAUAAAUUAAUCAAGGUACCAAGUCUGUCGAAAGUCCUUGUUAUAUGGAACAAUCAACGGAAAGAUCCUCCUCACUCGUCCAGGUGGCCGAAAUUGAAUAAACCAUUAAAAGUGAUCCAAACCAAAGAAAAUAAGCUUUCGAAUAGAUUCUAUCCGUACGAUGAAAUCGAAACUGAAGCGGUAUUAUCAAUAGACGACGAUAUAAUCAUGUUGACUGCUGACGAGGUGGAAUUCGCCUACGAGGUAUGGAGGGAAUUUCCGGACAGAAUAGUUGGAUUCCCGUCGAGAAUCCAUAUGUGGGAUAAUGGAACGAACUGCUGGAAAUACGAGAGCGAAUGGACCAACAGUAUCUCGAUGGUUUUAACAGGAGCGGCUUUCCACCAUAAAUACUGGAAUUACAUGUACACAACGGCCAUGCCGGGAGAUAUUAAAGAAUGGGUGGACGAGCAUAUGAACUGUGAAGACAUAGCAAUGAAUUUUUUAGUAGCGAAUGUCACGGGGAAGUCUCCGAUAAAGGUAACUCCGAAGAAAAAGUUCAGAUGCCCGGAAUGUACAAAUACCGAGAUGCUCUCAGCAGAUUUAACGCACAUGUUGGAAAGAACGCAGUGUAUUAAUAAGUUUUCAUCGAUUUACGGUUCUAUGCCGCUACAAUCCGUCGAGUUCCGAGCCGAUCCAGUUUUAUUCAAAGACAUAUUCCCCGAAAAAUUGAAGAGAUUCAACGACAUUGGCAGUUUAUAAGAAUUUUUAAUAAAUACUAUGAAACAUGAGAAACAA